CACACCGUGCGAGCGCCUGGAUCUGAAGGGAGCGAUGUUGUGGUUCCAGGGCUCCAUUCCGUCCGCCAUUGCGUUGGCCAAGAGUAAUGGCUCGGUCUUCGUGGUGUUCGUGUCAGGUAAUGAUGAGCAGUCUACACAGAUGGCUGCCUGUUGGGAAGAUGAGAAAGUGACAGAAGCAUCCUCAGACAGUUUUGUUGCUAUUAAAAUCGAUACUAAAAGUGAGGCCUGCCUGCAGUUUUCACAAAUCUACCCUGUAGUGUGUGUUCCGUCCAGCUUCUUUAUUGGAGACAGUGGAAUUCCCUUGGAAGUAAUCGCAGGAAGUGUUUCUGCAGAUGAACUUGUUACCAGAAUUCACAAAGUCCGACAGAUGCACUCACUGAAAGUUGAAAUAGCAGUUGCAAAUGGGAGCCCAUCAGAAAGUUCCGUUUCUACUCUGUCUGCCUCAUUUGAACCUAACAACACGUCUGAAAACCCUCAGUCCAGAAAUGUCCAGCUUCCUGAGACACCACCCACUUCUGAUGCUAAGUCUGAUAGUGCAACAGGAGGAGACAGUGCAGGCCACCCCACUCCCUCUCAGGAGCCCAGGAGUGAGUGUUCAGAUCCAAGACCUGCAGAGGACCUCACAGUCAGAGUGGAAAGACUGACUAAAAAGCUUGAAGAAAGGAGAGAAGAAAAGAGGAAAGAGGAAGAGCAGAGAGAGAUUAAGAAGGAAAUUGAGAGGCGAAAAACCGGAAAAGAAAUGUUGGACUAUAAAAGAAAACAAGAAGAAGAAUUAACAAAGAGGAUGUUAGAGGAAAGAAACCGAGAAAAAGCAGAAGAUAGAGCAGCGAGAGAGCGUAUAAAACAGCAGAUUGCACUGGACCGUGCAGAACGAGCUGCUCGUUUUGCAAAGACAAAAGAAGAAGUAGAAGCUGCCAAAGCAGCUGCUUUGCUGGCCAAACAGGCAGAAAUGGAAGUCAAGAGGGAAUCUUACGCAAGAGAAAGAAGUGCUAUUGCUAGAAUUCAAUUCCGUCUUCCGGAUGGUUCUUCCUUUACAAAUCAGUUCCCUUCUGAUGCUCCGCUAGAGGAAGCGAGACAGUUUGCUGCACAGACUGUUGGCAACACUUACGGUAAUUUUUCAUUAGCAACCAUGUUCCCCAGGAGAGAAUUUACCAAAGAAGAUUAUAAAAAGAAAUUGCUGGAUUUGGAACUUGCCCCAAGUGCUUCAGUGGUGCUGUUGCCAGCAGGAAGACCAGCUACAUCCAUGGUACACUCUUCUGGUGGAGACAUUUGGACAUGGUUGGGAACUGUACUCUACCCAUUCCUUGCCAUCUGGAGAUUGAUUAGCAACUUCCUGUUUAGUAGCCCUCCUCCUGCACGGACAUCUCUGAGCACAGCAGCGUCAGAGCCCUUAAACUCGGCAUCUUCUAGCAACUCAGAAAAAAGGGAACCAGUCAGAAAAAGAGUGCUGGAGAAACGUGGGGAAGACUUUAAAAAAGAGGGGAAGAUAUACAGAUUGAGGGCUCAAGAUGAUGGCGAAGAUGAAAACAAUACUUGGAAUGGAAAUUCUACUCAACAGAUGUAGUUCACCAAGUACAAUAUGUGCAAUAAUCAUUGUUUCUCAUAUGAUUUAAUUCAACUAAAAUUUUACUGGAGAAUUGGGACGGCUUUAUGCGUUCCAACUGCUCUGCAAAGUGUCUCUCUAUUUCUACAUAAGGGGUGGGUUAAAGUUGUUUAACUCAAAAAGUCAGAGUUAAUGUUACUACUAGUCCUUGCAUAUGGUAAUCGACUGCUGGAAGCCCAGUAGAAUCAAAGUCUAAUCAUCUCCGUCCGCUUUCUAAUUCAGUAUUUCUUACCCACGAGCCCUAUGCUUCCAGAUGACAGGUGUGAUUGUGAGCUGUUUUGUCCCAGAAGUCUUCAGGCUACACAAAGUAAUUGGCCUAUCUCGGAGAAAUUCGACUCUGGAGUCAGAGCAGUUUCAUGAGGAAAUCAAAUAGUACUUUGCUUAACUUUUCUCUCUGCUCAUCAGCUGCGAGCAAAAUCUUGUAGUUUUAAUCUUAAACACUGAAUAAAAAAAUAUUUUCUAAACAUCAGAAUGAUCUAAUAUUUACUUAAAUUUUUUAUCGUAGCAUUUCUAUGUUCAAAGCUUUGCUGAGGUAAUAUGUUAUUUUUUCUUUUUCCCCACCUUGGACAGUAACCCUGGAAGUAUCUCAAAAAUGUAGCUGGCUGCCUUACCAUAAAUAUCACUGUAGGAGGAAGUUUUCUGGCAUGCAUUGAUAGCAGUGUUUUUGCCAUCAUUUUGUUUGCAGAAUGUUAAGGGCUUUGUUCUCAUCAGGUGCAGAACUACUGCUAGCCCACCACCUCUUUCUCUCACCUCCACACUAACAUUGCACCUUCAGAAGCCACUCUGCAAUUACUUGAAAAUACCCGUAGUUAAAAGCAAGAAGUGUAAAGAUAGGCCUCUUAUUUGUUAGAUGAGGCUUAAAGAUUUUAAAGAUAUUCUUACUAUGAUUUAUAUGCUACUUAACAGUUUUUGGUACUGGAGACUAGAAAAUUAAUAAUGUUUUUAACAGGGCACAAACUUGACUCUUCCUCUGUUUUUUAGACUGGAAGACAGCACUCCUCCUGAGUGAACAUGCUUUCUGAACACAGUGACUUGAUUUUGUUGUGACAAGAUGACAUUUUCAUGGAAUGGGCUGAGGUGGUUUUUUUCCCCAGCUAUGAAAUCACAGUGACUUUUUAGAGUGGGACUAGUCACUGUUGUCAAGGAAAGAGUAAGAUAGGUUAUGCUGUUGGCAGAAAUAGAAACUGGUGCAGUCUUUCUAAAAACAGUAUUUCCAAGAAACCCUAAAUUUUAUCCUCUUUCAUCCAACUUUUUCUAAGAAAUGAUCAUAAAUGUAGACAAAGUUGAGGUGUAAAGUUACUCAUUAAGGACUUAAGAAUUAGAUAACUAGAAACCGUUUACAUGCCAUCUGCUGAAAUAAUGCAGUAGUCUUUGGUGAGGAGAAAUGGCACAAUGCAGGCAGUCCCUGCCUUACGGUGGGGCUGUGGUCUGAUGACUCCAUCCUAGUUGGUUCUGAUGUAAGAUGGAUUCUUCUUAAUUUUUUAAGUUUUCAUUUUUACCUUUUAUUAACAAUAUCUUCAUAAAUCUAACCUCUGCACAUCUGCGAGUUAGCGUCUGAACUUGCCCACCAGCAAGUUCUGCACUGCAGCAUUGUUAUGUAGUACAUAUUAGAAUUAAUAUGUACAAAAAACCUAGACUAUUGUAAGUGCAGUUCGUCAAAACUGUAUUACGCCGUAAGUUAGGGACUUCCGGUACUAAUCGGCAGUUCAAUUUAACAUCUGUUCAUUGAGUACCUAUUAUGUGUUGGGGAGGAAAAGCAGGACACGGAACUGUGGGUACAGCAUGAUCUCAGCUUUGUAAACACAUUUUAUAAUGAGAUAGUACUAUAUAAUAACAUAUAUGUAAACAAAAAAGAGAAGACACCAAAACUUAAACAGUUGUUUAUGUGAUUUUAGUUUUCUUUUUUUGCGGUUUACAUGUUUUCCUAACAAUUUUCUGCUGAAUCCAUCACUUCGUUAAUCAAAAAAGUGAGUUUGAAAAAGUAAAUUCUCCAGCAAUCUCAUUUAAAUAAAGAUUUGUCAUUUUUAAAGUAAAUAUAGUAAUAUAUGAUUUUUUAAAAAGUAGGUAUGACCCUACUAGCCAUUAUUAGAAACACAUUUGCAAAAAUAUCAAGUACCUCAAAGUCAGUUUGCUUUGAUAAAAGUAAAAUAUAUCACAAAUAUUAAGGAAUUGUACAUAAGAGGUUCAUAAUCUUUGAGUGGGGAGGAUCCCUCCUCAAUUUUAUAUUUAAAAAAAAGCAUACAUGGUAAAAAAUUCAGAAAAGCACAGUAGGCCAUAAAAUAAAAAUGCCUCCCUGCUUGCAUCUUACAACCUCCAUGUUAUUCCCGACACAACCUCUUAACAGUUUCUUAUGUAAUACUCAGACAUUUUUUUAUGCAUAGAUAAGCAAAUAUGUAAUCUUUAUUUUUUAAAUAAAUGGGAUCAUAUUAUGUGUACCCUGCAUCUUGCUUUUUUACUCACAAUCUUGAGGAUCUUUCUUAUCAACACAUAGCUACCUCACAUUAAUGGCUGCACAGCAUUCUGCUUUAGGAAUGCACCCCAAAUAUCCAGUUCUCUGGUGGCAGACAUUAAGGUUAUCAGCAGUUCUUUGUUUGUUUUUGCUUUCCUAUUACAAACAUUGGUACAUGAACAUCCUUGGGGAGUUACCUUCUUGUUGCGAAAAUAUACCCAUAGGAUACAUUUGUCUAAUUAGUUUGCAGUUUGGAUUUUUAAAGAUGUGGCUCAAUUGUUUGCUCCAAAGUAUGUUUGAAUUUACGCUACCCCCAAGAGUGUAAAAGAACGUCAGUCCCCUCACCCUUGCCAACACUGUUUUUCUUUUUCAUCUCUGUCAAUGGAUAGAUGAAAAUUGUAUGCAUUUUAUACUCAUUGUGCUUAUCAUGAAUGAACGUUAUCUUUUAAUAUUGGUCAUUUCUGUUUUCUGAGAACUACUUGUUUGUAUUUUUUGCCAACUUUUUUUUUGGUGUGCUGUUCAUCAUUUUCUUAAUGAGUUAUAAGAAUUCCAUGUAUAUGAAGAAAAUUAACUCUUUGUCUAGCAAAUGCUGUAAAUACUUUCUCCCUGUGUAUCUUCUGAUGAUGAAUGUUCAUGGAACUUUACCCACAGUAUCUAUGGAGUCAAAUUUGUAAGUGCUUUUCUUAAUGGC